AACAUCAGAGUAAUAUAAACAAGCGGACAGAUCACAAAUGAACUAACACCACCAAGGAACACAGACAGAAGCUAAGGUAAAACAGAGCUCAGACAUGGGCAAAACACAGAAGUACACCGACCAGGAGUGAACACUAAGACAAGAACUAAGGCCACAUGGUGAGGUAGGGUUUCAUGUGUCCAGCCUUCCCUGUGUUCCGGUCCCCACCGACCCCCAUGCUCCCAACAUCAGUGGGAUGUCCCAGGUGUGUCUCCUCUUGGCCUUGCUUAUGCUCUGCAGCUGCACAAAGGUCUCCUCUACUAACUCCCUGGAGCUUGUGAAGGAGCAGUGGAGCAGCUACAAAAACCAGUGCCUGGACGUCCUCAAUGCCACGCCCCCCACCACAGGGCUGGUGUGCAACAGGACCUUUGAUCUGUAUGCCUGCUGGCCUGAUGGACUCCCAGGAACCACUGUCAAUGUCUCCUGCCCAUGGUUCUUGCCAUGGUACCAUAAAGUUCAGCAGGGUCUGGUCUACAGAGUCUGCAAUGAAGAUGGUCAAUGGGCGCAAAAGAAUACCACGGAAUGUGAGGAUGACCCUGGUGAGCAGCAGUAUGGCCGCAUCCUCAGUCAGUUACGGAUCAUGUACACAGUGGGCUACUCGCUCUCCCUCGGGGCUCUUCUACUAGCGCUGGGAAUCCUCAUCACCUUCAGGAAGCUCCACUGUAUGAGGAACAACAUCCACAUGAACCUGUUUGCCUCCUUCAUCCUGAGAGCCGUGUCCAUACUAGUUAAAGACGCCCUGCUGACCCUCACACUGGACCCUGGAAGCAGCAGUGACAGCCGGAAACAAGCCUGGGUCAACAUACCGGCUGUGACAUGGUGCCGUGGUGCCAUGGUGAUGAUGCAGUACAGUGUGAUGGCCAACAACUAUUGGCUGUUGGUGGAGGGCAUCUACCUGCACAGCCUGCUAGUCAUCACCGUGUUCAGCGAGAGGAAGUACUUUUACAUUUACCUGGCCAUUGGCUGGGGUGCGCCACUCAUAUUCGUUCUGCCGUGGAUCACAGUGAAGUAUCUGUAUGAGAAUGAGGAGUGCUGGGAGAGGAAUAUUAACAUGGGAUAUUGGUGGAUCAUCCGUUCUCCUAUACUGUUUGCAUAUCUGAUUAACUUCUUCAUAUUCAUACGAAUUAUCAAAAUCCUGAUGUCUAAACUCAGAGCGCAUCAGAUGAGAUACACCGACUACAAGUUCAGAUUAGCAAAGUCCACUCUGACUCUCAUCCCCCUGCUUGGGAUUCACGCCAUCCUCUUUACAUUCGUCAUUGAUGAGUCCGUCCCAAAAGGCUCCAUGCUGCGCCUCAUUCGCCUCUUCUGUGACCUACUGUUCAACUCUUUCCAGGGCCUGCUGGUGGCCAUCCUGUACUGCUUUGUCAACAAAGAGGUACAGUCGGAGAUGCUAAAAAAAUGGAAGCGGUGGAAGCUGGGUAAGGACAUUGAUGAGGAGUACCGCCACACCCACAGCCACACGCCGCACAUCAAGAGCGGCAGUAUCGCCACCGGCAAUCUUCCCUUUCUCCAUGACAACACCGCCAGUGACCACAGUGGUGACUCACCUCGCUUUAACAAAGCUGACAGAGGCCCCUCCCGCUCGGCCGCAUCCGAGGAGAACCGCCGACUAGUCGUCUCCUACAGCAACGGGAUGGGGAAAGGCAGGUCCUCCAAGAGCAGACACACCCUGCAGUUCUCUUUCCUGCCACACAGAGGCACCGCCAGUCACGGCAGCUCUGCCACAGAGGACGCGUGUCUGGAGGAGACGGCGCAGUGCCACACAUACCCUCUGGAAAUAGGAGAGACUAGUGUCUGAGGACAACCUGCUCUGAGCCCUCGUCACGAAAACUUUCACUGACUGUGCUUAUCAUUGUUUCAGAUCAGUGUUUGUCAUGUGCCAACAAGACAACCUGAGUGGGAAGAGAAUGAGGGAGUAACACACACAGAUCAGGAUGUUCACUGCUGCAUAGCAUUACAGAAAAUACGGUUUAAACCUGCCCAGCUGCAAAUGAAUAUUUAUUGGUUUUGGGACCUUGAGCCUAAAAGCCUGUAUUAACUUCAGACAUCAGGAAUGAUUAAAAACAUUUAAAUGAAACACUAGUGAUGUUUUGUGUGUGUGUGUGUUUGUGUGUGCAUUUCCACUGCGACACACAACCCCUCUCACAUUUUUCCAUCUGUACUGCUGUUGCCGUCGUGAGUCAUGUUUGUAGUCUGUUAGUCUGUUUGCAGUAGUGGAUGCUCAUUUGUGGUACUCUCCUACAAAAACCUCUGUGACAAUGCUUGUUUGUUUUUUUGCUGUUUCUCUACUGGUUAAAUGAAACUAAAUGUGGACUUCAACAUGCAUGAUUCUUGACGUCUUGUUCAUGGAACAAUAAAGGCAGAACUGAGAAAUUCACCGGAGCCUCACAGAGGAUGGAUUCUCUGAUCUACAGAAAGACUGUGCUAAUACUAAUGCUUAAGUUAUUCUGGUUGUAAAUGACCAAAGAAAAUCAUAAUAUAACCUAAUGGGGUUUACAUCAAUUGGGUAAUCAAAUCGAUUCUUUCAUGCACAUUCCUUUUCUCCUUUUUGCCUGUACUAACCUCCUCCUUCGUCUUUUUAAACAGAUUUUUCAGGCUGAAUGUACAAAUGGAGAAAUAUGGGUGAAACAAUAUUUAAGUGUGUAUAUAUGUAAUUAGAAAUACAUAUGCCCACUGCACCUGGAUUUGUCCUGUGUGGAGACUUAAUUUAAGUUCUUGACUUGUUUUGACUCCGAUAAAAAUUUCCUACAUGACACACUGGUAGUUUUUGGUGUUUUACUUAAACCUAAGUACCUCCAGAUCACGAUCAUCAUACUGCUCCAGUCAAUGUCAUACAGUAUUCUCAAGAAUGAAG